AUGUGCCGCUAUCAUCGCUACCUGAGCAGCAACAGCUUCUACGGCCACAUCCCUGACUGCCUCUUCAAUUCCUUCCGCUGCCUCAACAAACUGUCCGUUCGCUUCCCUCACCCCCCAUCUUGUUCUUCAAUUUCAACCAUAACCAACCCCCUCACCGCCCCAUACAGCGACGUGAGUCACAACAGCUUCUACGGGCGAAUCAACCGCAACUUUGAGGGCAUAGUGCCGACUGCAGGGGCCCUCCUCAACCUCGCCCACAACUUCUUCUACGGCGACCCCGUGCUCUUCGCCAGCGGCUGCCAGUUCUGCCCGUCGGAGAUCGCGGGGGAGAGCGUGGUGGAGCCAGGGGAUCUGAGUGUCCAGGCGGGGGGGAACUGCGUUGUCGAGUCAGAGGCCGGCAGAGCGCCACUGGUGGUGGCACAGCAGUACCAGCAGGGGCAAGCUAGCCUGGCAAACAACUGCUUCCAGCCCACCGCCCCCCUCUCCUGCCCCGCCACUCCCUACUCCAACCCCACCACCCCACCCAACUCCUCCAUUUCAUCCUCCUCCUCCUCUUUCUCCUCCUCCUCCUCUGCCUCCCUCUCACUCGCGUUCUCCCAGCGCACGCCAGCAGCAUGCAGGGCGUUCUGCAGCAUCACGGAUAACGGCCCCUGCAACGGCCACGGCGCCUGUGUGCCGCCGCCCCAGGGCCCCGACUCCUCCCAGGGUUCUACAUCCAACUUCUCGUGCGAGUGUGACGCGGGGUACAGUGCGUUUGACAGUGGUAAUGGGUCCACUUGCGUCAUUCUCACCACCACCACGGUUCCUGGUCCAGGCCUAUCACCAGCAGCAGUGGCAGGCAUCGCCCUGGGCUGCUUCUUCGGGCUUGCUCUUCUAGCAGCCAUCCUCGUGUGGUUUCUCCUCCCCAAACGCCGCCGCAAGUGGGGCGACUUAGACGUGUGUCACGAGUUCUCCCUGCAGCAGCUAGUGCAAGCCACCGACAACUGGGCCGAGGCAAACCAGCUGGGGCGGGGCGGCUUUGCAACGGUGUACCUGGGAGUGUCGCCGCAAGGGGAGAUGUGGGCCGUGAAACGAUGCAGAGUGAUGACCAACGACUUUGAAAAGGAGGUGCGAGCCAUGGCAACGCUACGCCAUGAGAACCUGGUGCGGCUGCUGGGGUUCUGUGUGGACAUGCACGUGGAGAGCGGGCGGCAGGAGCAGGUGCUGGUGUACGAGUAUGUGGGGAAUGGGGACCUGAAACAGCACAUCCACCACGCCAACGUGUGCGUGGAGAGCGGCAUGAAGGAGCAGGUGCUGGUGUAUGAGUAUGUGGGGGAUGGCGACCUGAAGCACCACAUCCACCACGCCAAGUGUGAGUGCUGA